CGCAAACCCUGUGUGACGUCGCUGAGGCCCCUCAAGAAAAACAGCCACUUCUGUUUAAACCUCCGUAAGGGGAGUUUUGUUGGGCUUCCGGGGCAGCAGUGGGACUGCUCACCUGAAGAUCUCACUGCAGCCAUGAACAGUAAGGAAUGCUUCAAGUGUGGACACUCUGGCCCUAAAGGAGGAGGAGCUCGAGGGCACGGAGCUAGAGGUGGUGGCCGAGGUGCUCAGUGAAGUUCUGCCACCCUACCUGUCAUCUGUUACCGCUGCAGUGAGCCUGGUCAUCAUGCUAAGAACUGUAACCUUCUCGAUGACACCUGCUCCAACUGUGGGACAAGUGGCCACAUCACCAAAGACUGUGUUAAGCCUAAGCGAGAAAGACAGCAGUGCUGUUACACCUGUGGCACACCAGGGCAUCUGGCCCGUGAUUGUGACCAUCAGGAGGGGCAGAAGUGCUACUCUUGUGGCGAAUAUGGCCACAUUCAGAAACACUGUGCCCGAGUCAAGUGCUACCGUUGUGGCAAGACCAGCCACAUGGCCUCAACUGUCAUCAACUGCAGCAAAAGAAGCGAGGUCAACUGCUACCUGGGCGAACCUGGACAUCUAAUCCGGGAAUGCCCCAUUGAGGCUACCGCUUAACUUUUCCCUUUGUUCCUCCCCACCCCUACUCCUUUUGCUGCGUGAUAAUUGUGUUGUUUUCUCUGAAACUUCU